GGCCCGGGGUUUAAACCCAGGCCCGGCAGACUCCUCCCGGCGUGCUGCGGAGGAACGGCUGUUGGUGUCUGGCCGUGGCCCGCGAGAGGCCAGGGAUUUUGCUGCUGGUCGCCGAGCCUCUUCUUCAGGAGGAGCCAUGGCGCUCAGAGUCACUAGGAACACGAAACUUAACACAGAAAAUAAGGCCAAGGUCAGCAUGACAGGCGCCAAGCGUGUGCCUGUGGCGAUUGCUGCAGCCUCCAAGCCCGGGCUGAGACCGAGAACCGCUCUAGGGGAUAUUGGUAACAAAGUCAGCGAACAGGCACAGGCAAGAGUGCCUCUGAAAAAGGAACUAAAAACCUCAGUUACUGGAAAAGUUUCAGCUAAAAUCCCACCACCAAAACCUCAGGAGAAGGUUCCUGUGAGUGAGCCAGAGGUGGAACUUGCUGAGCCUGAACCUGAACCUGAACCUGUUAUGGAGGAAAAGCUUUCUCCUGAACCUAUCUUGGUUGAUAAUCCCUCUCCAAGCCCAAUGGAAACAUCUGGAUGUGCCCCUGCAGAAGAAUACCUGUGUCAGGCUUUCUCUGAUGUAAUUCUUGCCGUGAGCGAUGUGGAUGCAGAUGAUGGCGCUGAUCCAAACCUCUGUAGUGAAUAUGUGAAAGACAUAUAUGCUUAUCUCAGACAGCUGGAGGAAGAACAAUCAGUUAGACCAAGAUAUCUACUGGGCCGUGAAGUCACUGGAAACAUGAGAGCCAUCCUAAUUGACUGGCUGAUACAGGUUCAAAUGAAAUUUAGGCUGCUGCAAGAGACUAUGUACAUGACUGUUUCCAUUAUUGACCGGUUCAUGCAGGAUAACUGUGUACCCAAGAAGAUGCUGCAGCUAGUUGGUGUGACUGCCAUGUUUAUUGCAAGCAAAUAUGAAGAAAUGUACCCUCCAGAAAUAGGUGACUUCGCUUUUGUGACUAAUAAUACUUACACUAAGCACCAAAUCAGACAGAUGGAAAUGAAGAUUCUAAGAGUUCUAAACUUCAGUUUGGGUCGCCCUCUGCCUCUGCACUUCCUCCGUAGAGCCUCUAAGAUUGGAGAGGUUGACGUUGAACAGCAUACUUUGGCCAAAUACCUCAUGGAGCUCACUAUGUUGGACUAUGACAUGGUGCACUUUGCUCCUUCUCAGAUUGCAGCUGGAGCUUUUUGCUUAGCACUGAAAAUUCUUGACAACGGUGAAUGGACACCGACCCUGCAGCACUACCUGUCCUAUACUGAAGAAUCCCUUCUGCCUGUCAUGCAGCACCUGGCUAAGAAUGUAGUCAUGGUGAACCGUGGCCUUACAAAGCACAUGACUAUCAAGAACAAGUAUGCAACAUCCAAGCAUGCUAAGAUCAGCACUCUGGCACAGCUGAAUUGUACACUAGUUCAGAAUUUGUCCAAGGCUGUGUCAAAGGCAUAACUCAAGUGGACCACUACACUACAUCGGCAAAUGCAAUUGGCACCAUGUGCCACCUGUACAUAGUAUACAGUGUUUACUUGCUCUUCAAUAAAGGCUGUUUUACUUUUCAUAGCUUACCUCAUUUGAAUGUUGGUUGUUCUGACUCUAGGAUAACAAGGGUUGUCUAAAACAUUUAGGAUUAUUUUUGAAACUGCUUUUAGUUUAACAGAGAAUCCAAGUAAUGUACGUAAUUGUAGCCUAUAUGUUUAUGUACUUCCUUCUUUAAUGUGUCCUGGUCAUAUCUUUUAAGUCAUCCUGCAAAGCCCUCUGCCUAGCUCUUGUUUAAACUGUCAAUUUACCAGCUUGUCCUUAGUUCCCUUUUCUAUUUCUUCAGGUGGUUGCUGUCCUUCACUGUGUCUUGAGCUAUGGACUUUCAGAUCUGAACCCCAGUUUUCUUGUGUAAUUAUUUAUUUGUUAAUUGGCUUGGGAAAUAGCAUGUUUAAAAUUAAAGGUAUAAAAAGAAUUUGCCCCUUAAUCUCAAUGUCCUAUAUAAAUGUAAUCAUGCAUAUGUUGUCAAGGAGAUAUGGACUCAUUUUUUUCAACAAUAUUCCUUUUAAUGCCUAUAUUGCAUUUCCUAAGUGUACAUUUCAUACUGUAUGUAAUGUAUUCAGUGAUCCUUUACAAUACAUUCAAAUUGCAUUCUCUCAUUGCCUCUAAACACAAUACUGCUAAAAUGUUGUUUUAUGCCUUGCUUGGCUGUAUGCAUAGUAGCUUUCCCAGGGGGUAUAUGCUUUAAAUUCUGAUGAAGCCAGAUGAGACUUUGUGUUGUUGGCACUAUACCAAGGUGCCAUUUCCUCUAUCUUUCCACUGUCUUAUGACACUUAACUGGCAAAAAUCCUGUCUCUGUUUGUUUUAAUUUAUACAUCUGAUGUCAAGUUGAAUAAAAUUUAUUAAUGGAAAGCUUC